AUGGUUGCUGAACCAGUUCAAGCGACAGUGCAAACUUUGAAUCGACUAAUAACUCAAACAAAUGAUUUUAUAAAUACUCAACAAGAGAAAUUGCAACAUUCAGAAAUUUAUGAAAAGCUUUUUAAUGCUGAUAAUCCAAUUUCAAUAAUACCACAACAGGCACCAAAACCAAAAUCUAAUACAACUAGUCUAUUUGACAAGAUCUUGCAUAGAAUUAGCGAAAGGAAAGUCACAUAUGGAACAAUAUUAGCAAUUGGUUUGGGUAUAACAUGCUAUAAACUUCACACCAUAUAUUUAAAAUCUUCACAACCCGAUAAAUUCAAAAAAAGAGUUCCAAAACUAUCUAACGGAGCAAGAAAUGAUACAAUUUUGAUUAUAGGAUCACCUACUGAACCAAUAACAAGACUAAUUGCACUUGAUUUAGAAAAAAGAGGUUUCAUAGUGUAUUUGACCAUUUUGGACAAUAUAGAUUUGAAAUAUAUUGAGUCAAAUAAGUUGAGUGAUGAAGUUAAUUAUAUUGAUCUCACUAAAACUUCAAUUGAAAAUAGCAUAUCUCAAUUCAAUCAACUUUUGAAAACACCAGUGAUACCAUUCGAAAGAGCAGAACCUCAUUAUUUGAAAUUGAGAAGUGUUAUAUUUGCACCAAGUUUAUAUUUCCCCAUUGGACCUAUUGAAAAUAUUGGUAUAAACACAUGGCAGAAAUUGAAUGAAAGGUUAUUGACUUAUCUUAAAUUAUUUUCUUCAGGGUUGAUUCAAUUAAUUAGGAACCAACAUUCAAAUUUACUACUUAUUAAUUCAACUAAUACUAGCUCAUUAAACGUACCAUAUCAUGCACCAGAAACAAUGUUGCAAAAUCAGUUAUCAAAUCUUUUUACAACACUAACUUAUGAGUUAAAACAAUUUGGUAUAAAUGUUACGCAAUUGAAAUUGGGUAAUAUAAGUUUGUCUAAUCAAAAAAUAAAUUCAAAUACUAGAAUUGAAAGUUUGAUUAAUUCUGAAAUCAGAGCAUGGACUUCGGAGAUGAAGCAAUUUUAUGGCUCCAACUUUAGUAAAAACAUGUUUAAAUCAAACAAGAUUAAGGGAAUUGGUGGUAAAGGAACUUCAAUUAAAGGGUUGUACCAUUUAAUUUUUGAAUUGAUAUAUGGAAAACAUAAUCCAAAUGUUGUUUAUUAUGGCAAAGGGGCUCGAUUAUACAAUAUCUUAUCGUAUUUAGUACCAAUUUCUUGGUUAAGCUGGUAUUUUAACUAA